AUGAAAAUAGUCAGCAUCGUGGGCAGUCUGCGGCAGGACUCGUGGAACCACAAGCUUACCCGGGUGGCCAUUGAUAUCCUCAAGGGCAAGGGGAUUAAGGUGGAAGAGGCCAGCCUGGCAGGUCUCACCCUGUUCAACGGAGACCUUGACGACGGCACCUUCCCCGGGCCGGUGGCUGCCCUGCGGGACGCCAUGCACUCAGCAGACGGGCUGUUGGUUGCCGCCCCUGAGUACAACCACUCCAUUCCCGCUGUACUGAAGAACGCCAUCGAGUGGACCUGUCGGCCGCCCAACUGCUGGACCAACAAGGUCGUCUUUGCCAUGGGCACCACCCCUGGCCGGUCGGGCGGCAUACGGAUGCACCUGCACUUGUCCGACUGCCUCCAGUGCGAGGGAGCGUAG